UCUCCGGUGGAAGUGCGGCUGGGCGCAUCUCGGUUAGCGCGCUGCUGCACGGUGCUGUUUUCCACCACAACCAGAACAAAGGAAACUGGAGUGAGGAAAUGAGCACAGCUUUAACCAGCAACUGAAACGAGGACAAAUGCAUUUCUGAGCUCCACAUUCGGUUUAAACUCUCUCUCUGCAACAAAACAUUGGAAGAACAACGCUGACCCCCAGCACACCAUGUUUCCCCAAAAUCGACCACCGGCAUCUCUCCAGCCUCCUCCUGGAUCUUCAGCCUCGGCUGCAGCCGUAGCAGCGGCGGUGGCGGCAGCUGCAGCGUCAGGUACAGCUCAGUCUCUGAAACUUACAUAUCCUGAGACCCUUGACCGGAUUAAAGAGGAGUUCCAGUUUCUGCAGACCCAGUAUCACAGCCUGAAGCUGGAGUGUGAGAAACUGGCCACGGAAAAGACGGAAAUCCAGAGACAUUAUGUGAUGUACUAUGAAAUGUCAUACGGGCUUAACAUUGAGAUGCACAAACAGACAGAGAUUGCUAAGCGGUUAAAUGUGAUCUGCGCUCAACUCAUCCCAUUUCUCUCCCAGGAGCACCAGCAGCAGGUGGUCCAGGCCAUGGAACGUGCCAAACAGGUGACUAUGGGGGAGUUAAAUGCAUCGAUAGGGGUACGUGGACUCCCCCCCCUGCCUCCCACACAACAGCUGCAGGCGCAACACCUUUCCCAGCAUGCCGCUCAGGGUCUUCCCAUGGCUCCUCACCCGUCAGGCCUGCCCCAUCCGGGCUUGGCACUGGGGGGUAGCUCGAGUCUGCUUGCACUCUCUGGAGCGCUUGGGGCACAGUUGGCUGCUAAGGAUGAGAGGGCACAUUUGGAAGCUGUAGCAGCGGCGGCGGCGGCAGCAAGUGCUGCAGCCGCCGAGCACCAUCGAGAUUGGGGACGUGGACUUGGACCUGCUGUGCUCCAUUCAGAUCGAGAAGCUGGACCAAGCUCUUUAUCAAAUGGAGAUAAAGGCCGACCAUCAGACUACCUCAGCAACGGAAAAAAAAGGAAAGCGGAAGAGAAGGAGUUUACAGACUAUGGCAGUGAUGCUGACAAGAGUGACGACAACUUGGUAGUGGACGAGGACCCCUCAUCUCCACGAAGUGUACAGUCCUACUCCUCCAGAGAGAAUGGGCUGGAUAAACUACCCCCCUCAAGAAAAGAACCCCUGCCCCAGGCUAGUCCGACCUCGCUCGCCUCUUCCAGCAGUGCUGCCUCGCCCUCCCGUGGAAAAGAGCCCCCUCCGAGAGAGAAGUCAAGUACUCCAGGUAUGAAGCCGGGCACCCCCAUGUCCCAGGAUUCCACCACCCCAGGCCCCAGUGGCCCACCUCAGUUCCGCCCUGUUCCUGGUAAACCAGGUGUGGAUCCUCUGGCUCUAGGUGUGAGAAACCCAUUGGCGGUGCAGGGUGUUUAUCCACCUGGAGCGUUUGGUUUACCCCCCGGUGUGAACGGUGAGCUCGCCGGGGCCGCUGCAGCGUAUGGAGCCGGUCUCCACCUCGUCUCUCCUCAGAUGAACGGUUCAGCUGCUGCUGCUGCAGCCGCCGUUGCUGCUGCUGCCGGAUACGGCCGCUCUCCCGUGGUGGGAUAUGAAUCACCCCACCCACACAUGAGAGUCCCUGGCCUUAGUGCUGCUGGCCUCCAGCCUGCAUCUUCAGGAAAGCCUGCCUACUCAUUUCAUGUGAGUGCGGAUGGGCAGAUGCAGCCAGUGCCCUUUCCUCCUGAUGCUCUCCUAGGCCCGGGCAUCCCGCGCCACGCCCGCCAGAUCCAUACUCUUAAUCACGGAGAGGUGGUGUGUGCCGUCACCAUCAGUACAUCCACACGUCAUGUCUACACCGGGGGCAAAGGCUGCGUCAAAGUGUGGGACAUCAGCCAGCCAGGCAGCAAAAGUCCGAUGGCCCAACUGGACUGUCUGAACAGGGACAACUACAUCCGCUCGUGUAAGCUCCUCCCAGAUGGACGCACUUUGAUAGUUGGAGGUGAAGCCAGCACUCUGUCUAUCUGGGACUUGGCCACGCCCACUCCACGCAUUAAGGCAGAGUUAACAUCCUCGGCUCCAGCUUGUUAUGCACUGGCCAUUAGUCCGGACAACAAGGUCUGUUUCUCCUGCUGCAGCGACGGCAACAUUGUAGUGUGGGACCUUCACAACCAGACGCUUGUCAGACAGUUCCAGGGUCACACAGAUGGAGCGAGCUGCAUUGACAUUUCUAAUGAUGGGACCAAACUGUGGACGGGAGGGCUUGAUAACACGGUGCGCUGCUGGGACCUGAGAGAGGGCCGGCAGCUCCAGCAGCACGACUUCACCUCCCAGAUCUUCUCGCUGGGCUACUGUCCUACAGGCGAGUGGCUCGCAGUGGGCAUGGAAAGCUCUAACGUGGAAGUGCUGCACGUCUCCAAACCAGACAAGUACCAGCUGCACCUUCACGAGAGCUGUGUGCUCUCACUCAAGUUUGCCUACUGUGGUAAAUGGUUUGUAAGCACGGGUAAAGAUAAUCUACUGAACGCAUGGAGAACUCCGUAUGGCUCCAGCAUAUUCCAGUCUAAAGAGUCGUCGUCAGUCCUCAGCUGUGAUAUCUCACCUGACGACCAGUUCAUCGUAACCGGCUCAGGAGACAAAAAAGCCACAGUGUAUGAAGUCAUUUACUGAACCAAAACUUAAAUUGGAUCUCGAAAAAUAGAAAAGCUGGGUGGCUGAAAGCGGAAACCAGAAUCGGUCUUUGACUUGGUGAACAGAAUACACAGUGGACACAGACAUGAAGAAACCUCACCCGCUUUUUGUUUGAAGUCCAUUAGGGACAGGCAAUGAGAGAGGACGGUGGAGCUGCAGAGCAGGACUGACCUUGCUGGUUUUUAAUGCUGUGUGAAAGCAAGCUUCAGAGACAUGGAAUUCCUCCAAAGACUUCUCUUUUGCUUUAUUGUUUUUUCCUUUUGUUCUUUUUUUAACAAGAUGAUUCCUCUGUAGUGAAUGAAAUAGCAAAGAGAAUAUUUUUUUUAGCCUCUGGAAAAACAAAAUCCACAUGGAAAUGGACAGUCGAGGAGCACCGAUGCACUGAGCAGGUCUGGGACGGGUUGCCAGGAGAAACUAUGACCAUUUUUUGACAUUUGUUUUUAAAUCCGAACUGUACUGCAGCAACAUGACUGCAUAAUGACAGGAAGACGAAGUGUGGUGUAAGUUACCAAGGGUCAUGAUUUUACAGCUUUGUGAUUUCAGGGAAAAGGUCCACAUUGGCGUGUUAUUUCGUGUAUGCUGUAUGUCGGGUCAUGAUAAAGUAUUUUGUUGGAUACUUUGUGUUAAAGACUGUAAAUAAAGCUCCUUAAAAGCCAAA